GCAACCUAUAUCCGUUCCGUGGCACUUUAUUCGAAAGAGCUCAAGUCGAAAAUUUGCUUGUUUAUUUAAAGUUUAUUAGACCGAUUUAACGGUGUCUCACGCCCAUUCGUUUGACAGGAAGGUGCCAACGAGUAAAGGGAUGCAAAAUGAUCUCUGAUGAUGAUGUUUUUUACAGCCCAGAUGGAAGGAAGGAGAACGGAAGACCCCCUUGGCAUCCCAUUAAACGAAGGCGAAAAGAUUCCACAGCGAGUUUGGCAAGUUUGCAGAGCAUUGAUCUGCCAUCGAGAAAAAGAAAACGGAAGUCUGCCAUUGAAGAUGGAGAUAAUAUCAGUAUACAAAGCUUGGAUAUCACCAAGGAUAGCAAGAGAAAGCGCUCCCUGAAAUCCAUGGCAUCUUUGGCCAAUAUCCUCUCCCCUGUCAACGCCAUGAGGAAACUGAGCAGCACUCUUCAGAGGAGCACAAGUUUUCGUAUGCCAAGUUCUGGGUCAGGAAUUUGCAAGACACCACAGAAGCAAAUUGAAGGCUGUAAGAAUUCUGAGAACGCUGUAGUCAAUGGUUUCAAGGUACCAGCUCCGUCGCCUUGCAAGACGCCAAAAUACAAGAAACCUCCGCCAGCCAAGAUUGAACGGCGUGAGAGCAAGCUGUGGCGAGACUCCGUGGACGGAAACAUCAAAGAAUUGCUGAAUGAGAAAGAGAUGAGUCGGCAAGAAGUGAUUCAUGAACUGUUGCAGGGAGAGGAGGAUCUUAUACAAGAUCUUCAGAACGUAAAGAAGGUAUACCACGAUGGAAUGAAAACACUACACCUGAUGACUGAGGAUGAACUGAAACAAAUAUUUGGCAUUAUAGAGGAAUUGGUGCCAAUACAUAAAGACCUGGUGUCCAAGCUGAGCAGCCAGAAGAAUACUGAGGGAUCCAUAGACAGCAUAGGAAAGAUCUUAGUGGACUGGCUUCCGUGUUUACGCUGUUACAUCGAGUACUGUGCCAACCAAGUGUUUGCCAAGGCUCUCCUUGAUGAAAAGAAACACCAGAAAAAAGUGGACGAUUUCCUGCAGAGGUGUUACGAGUCGCCGUUCAGCCGGAGACUGGACCUGUGGAGCUUUUUAGAUGUGCCCAGAAGCAGACUAGUGAAAUAUCCUCUUUUACUAAAGAAAAUCCAGAAAUAUACAAAGAAUGAACAUGAAGACAAAAAACUGCUAGAUGAUGCUGUUGAAGUGGUAGAAAAAAUAAUCAGCGAGGUCAACGAGAAGACGGGGAUCUCGAAAUGCAGGUUCGUCGUGUCGCAACUGGAGUUUUUGGAAGAAUCCACAGAGGUUGAAUACCUGCUGGGGCAGUCCAGAGCAUUACUGUGUGAGGGCUCCUUAAAAAACACUAGGGGGACGAAAGUGAAUGCAUUCCUAUUUGACCGCGCACUGGUCUUGACGCGACCAGCCACCCGCGAGGGCAGCAAGAAAAAUCAGGUUUACCGCCAACCCAUUCCUGCCAGCGAACUGGUCCUGGAGGAUCUCAANGUGAAUGCAUUCCUAUUUGACCGCGCACUGGUCUUGACGCGACCAGCCACCCGCGAGGGCAGCAAGAAAAAUCAGGUUUACCGCCAACCCAUUCCUGCCAGCGAACUGGUCCUGGAGGAUCUCAAGGACGGAGAGAUAAAAAUGGGCUCUUUUCGCACAGCUUUUGCUCAGGGUCAGACUUGCAAACAUGUGUUCAAGGUGUCCUUCAAAAACCCCUCCAAGGGUCAGGCGCAUACGUUACAAGCCAACGAUGAGCACGACAAGAAGCAGUGGCUGAGCAGUAUAGAGGCCGUCAUCAAUGGUAGUGCUCUUCGCGAGAAAGAGGAACAGGACGUGCAGUUUAGGACAAAUGGGGACAUAUCCCUGCCCGUCUUCAUAUAGACCAUUUUGUAUUGGGUUUUUCAUAUCCAGCAGGUGAACAAACUUUUCAUGGAAAUGAUCUCUUUUGGCAGUUUGGUUUCCCUGACAGUUGUGCUGCCCAGUUUUCGUUAUAAAUGGUUGGGAGAGAUAGGCUGAAGGUCACGUCUGCAGCAGUUACCUUA